GGCCAAAGCGGAGGAGGAGGGGGGGAAGAACGGAAAAGACAAAAAUAAAAACGACGACCGUCCAUCUUAAUUCGGAAUAUUAACCCACACGAUUAACAAAAUUAGUGAAAGCUUUGACGGCGAGGAUACUCUUAAAGGAAGUGGAGAUUGGAAUAUAUGAAGAAAAUGUCCGGAGAGAGAAACCGCAGGACGCUGGCUUUCCGGGGAGGUGGAUUAGCGGUAACGGGUUCCAGCGGUGUCGGAGGGGGGAACGCCAACAGCAGGGAGGCCCCGGCCUGUCAAGACCGACACUUAAACGGUAACAGGCCGGACCAGGACGACGACGGGGACCUGGGGGCGAAGGGACCGUCGCAGAAGAGAGCCGAGGGAGCCGGGUCCGUCAGCGACAGCACAGAGCCCGACGCCGAGGAGGAAGAGGACCCGGAAGGCGGCAGCUUGGUAGCCGGCGACGACCGUGUCGGCUCGGUGGAAGUGGAAGCGGAGGACGAGUCCCGGGAAGGGAGCAGCUGGACGGCGGGGAACGGUCCGAACAGUGCGGGCUCCGCGAGCGGCGGCACCGGGUCGGAGGACGACAAAGGCGAGGCGGGCUCCAGGAAAUCCUGGGUAGAGAUGAGACCGCAGACGCUGCUCCAGAAACACUCUUUUUUCCACGCUUCGUGGCUGCAGGAGUUUCCCUGGCUGAGAUUUUGCCAGGAAACCGGACUCAUGUCUUGCUCGUGGUGUCACAACAUUGCCACUAAAAACAGCGACGAGCUGGUGAAAGGAAGCCGCAACUACAAACGGGCCUUGCUGCUGAGACAUCACCUGUCCUCCGAGCACGGCAGGAAUGAUCCCACCAAGCAGGAGACGGAGAGGCCAUCUGACAACACCAGCCCUUCCACUAUCCCCUCUGACGAGGACUACCGCAACAAACCCAAUGAGAACUCCUACUGUUACCAGCUUCUACAGGAGCUGGACAAGCAGCGCAAGGGCGGCAUUCUCUGUGACGUCAACAUUGUCGUCUCGGGCCAGGUGUUCCGCGCACACAAGAACAUCCUAGUGGCUGGUAGCCGCUACUUCAAGACCCUCUACUGUCUGACCAAUAGUGAGAGCCAAGACCAGACCACAGUCACGAACCUGGACGUGGCUGCCGUCCAGGGCUUUUCUGUCAUCCUUGACUUCCUCUACUCUGGAAACCUGCUGCUCACCAGUCAGAAUGCCAUCGAAGUGAUGACAGUCGCCAGUUACCUCCAGAUGACCGAGGUGGUGCAGUCAUGCCGGGCAUUCAUCAAGGACGCCCUGAACAUCAGCAUCAAGCAGGAGGCCCCUGACUCAGUGGUGGUGGACUACAACAAGGGGCGGACAGUUGCCAAAGAGGGACAGAAGGGUCCAGAGUGCAAGCCGAGCAAUUUCUGGGCCACUAGCAUCCUAUCCAAGCUGUCCAUCAAGGCAAGCAGUAGCACCAGCAACCAGGGAAAAGAGGCGCAGGAGGAAGAGGAAGUGGGCAGAGUGAAGGAGGAAACCAGCGAUGUGGAGGUGUCGAUGGGCAGAGGUGAGGGCUGUGCCCUGGGGACUUCCAGAGCCUCCGGCAGCUGGAUCCAUCACAAUGACAACUCAUCGGAUUCAGUGGAGGCCAACGACACGCGGACGGUGAGUGGCCCGGGGCAGGUGUUCGUCUGGAACGAGCCAGCUACUGGGGGUGCCGCGGCGGUGCCGGCGGCAAUAAAGCGAGAGGCACCGGAUACAGCAGCCAGGAGCGGACGGAGGAAAAAGCAGGCCACCACACGCCGCUUUGUAUACAACAUCCCACCAGAGCCAGAGGAGGGCUUCGACGAGGGCAUGUUCAUCCAGCCCUCUGCCUCCUACCCCCGAGAGGACUUCUCCUACCUCUCUGAGAAUGCUGAGCUGGCCAAUCAGAUCCCGUAUAGCCUCAUCCAAGACUCGCAGCAAGGAGAGUCCUGGGAGAAUGGCGAGUCGUCAGACAUAGCCCUCAAUAAGCUCAAGUGUCCCCACUGUAACUACAUAGCCAAGCACCGGCGCACUCUCAAGAGGCACCUGAUCAUCCACUCAGGCGUGCGCUCCUUCAGCUGCGACAUCUGCGGCAAGCUGUUCACACGCCGUGAGCACGUCAAGAGACAUUCCCUGGUGCACAAGAAGGACAAGAAGUACAAGUGCAUGGUGUGCAAGAAGAUCUUCAUGCUAGCUGCCAGCGUGGGCAUCCGCCACGGCUCACGGCGCUACGGCGUGUGCGUGGACUGCGCUGACUCCCACCAGGCCACCCAGGAGGGGCCUGGAGGCCAUGGAGGGCAUGGAGUUCGCCCGCGACGAUGACUUCGA